AGUUGCGGUACAGCCACCGAAGUUGGAAAGGCUGUGCCUUUUUUCGUCUUUGGUGGAAUCGUUCGGGACCUCACAGCGAUUCUAUGCAGUUCCGAGGUCCUAAUCGCUCAAAACACGAUAUCCGCAGACGAAGCCGUCACAAGCAGUGAUCCUACCCAGACGACCACGGAUAGCAUCGCAGAAAGCUCGGUGGAUAGCCCUGCAGUGCGCCCAGACUUUAGGAAACGACUCCUUCCAAACACGGGAUCGUCGAGCUCUAUCGAUGUUCGCGGCAGCCCGAAUAUUCCGCUGCUCAAAGCCUUCCGGCGAAUCAACGACAAUUCGCGGAACAGUCUCAGCACGAACAUCAUAGGGAGCGACGGCUCGGAUGAAAAUGAAAGGGAGGAGCAACGCCCGCGUCUCGAGUCAAAAGGGUCGAUUGUUGACAACAUAUCUGCGAGCCAACGAUUUCAGAGCGAUUACUUUCAGUCCAGGCUGCAAGACAUCCUCCGAAGCUGUGGCGAGGAUCCGAUGCAGGCCAUUCUGUUCAAUCAGAUCUUCCCCUCCGAGUUCUCUGACAUCGAGCCUAUGAUUCCUCAGAUACAGGCCAAGAUGCGCAUGAACGAGCUGUCGGAACUUCUGAAGCGCCUUCUCGUCAAGCUCUCGGUCGUGGGCACGACCGUGCUCGUGAUCCACGAAGCGCAGUGGAUGGAUAUGGCUUCAUGGGAGCUGAUCUGGAACAUUCUCGAGGGCUGCCCCAUGAUCUCGAUCUUUUUCUACUCAAGGCCGGACCGCAACUAUGACAACGAGGACACGCGCAACCAAUUUCUCAAGCUCAAGCGGCUCCCGCGCACCGCCCACCGGAUCAUGCAAGGCCUGAGUAUGGAAGAAACCAAGGCUAUGGUGAUCAGCUGCUGGUCAGGCUUCCGACUCAAAAACGUCACCCAAACCAUUGUCGAGAACAUAUUCAAGCGGACAGGCGGAAAUCCGCUCUUCAUUCGCUCGCUGGUCGUGGCGCUGAAGGAAUCUGGCCAGUGGCGCGUCGGCAACAACGGGGAGCUGACUACCAACAGUACCAACUUUGACUUUGAGCAGAUCGUCUUCGGCUACGACCUUCAGAGCAUCAUCAUCGCACAGUUUGAUCGACUGGAUCGGAACUAUCAGCUGUUUCUCAAGAUUGCCUCGGUUCUGGGACAGCGCUUCCUUGCAGACGAUGUACUACACUUCAUCAGUGACAUGCCUCGGUUCGCAGACACCUUCGACACACGGUCAAACAACUCGAUGAUCAAGAGCAUCGAAGGGCUGGACAAAUAUGGCUUUCUUAUCAAGGCCGAUAUCGAGAUAGAUGGGCUAUACUUCCAAUUCAAGUCCGCGGUAGUGCGCAAGUGCAUUUACCACAUGAUGGUUCAGAGCCAGCGGCAGCAGCUCCACCUGAACAUCGCCUCGUACUAUGAGAAGCUCCUCAACGAAUCCAAUCGCCACAAGCUGCUGAUUCCGCUGUACGAACACUAUGUUGAGGCUGGCUCACAGCAGCGGCUGAAGAAACUGCGGUAUCUCGAGGCCGUGAGCCACUACUACUACGAGAAACAUGCCAUGAACGACGCCAUAAAGCACUACAGCCUCCUGCUCGAGACGCUUGCCGAGAUCGAAAAGGAGACCGGCCUCACCCUCUACAACAACGUCACCCUCGCUACGUGGCACCGGGAGGUGGGCGAGGCGCACAUUCUCCGAGACGAAUGGGAGAAGAGCGAGUUCCACUUGCUCCAGAGCCUCAAGCUCGUCAAUCACGAGUUUCCAACCGAUUCGCUCUGGAUGCGCUUUCGGAUCUACAAAGCCCUGGCCAGAUGUAUGCAUACCUACGUCGAAACUGGAAGCGACGCCGUCUCAUCAGAUGGCAUGUGGGGAGGACCAUCGGGCCCGAAUGGCCGCAGCCGCUCCAAGAACCUGUACUUUGCGCGUCCUGGCAGUCGAGUCAACAGCAUGAUCGGCCCAUUGAAACGCGAAUCGGUCGUGGCAGUUGGGGCAACAGUGUCGGUUGCAGAUACCCACAUUGUUCCACGCCUGACAAAGCGGCCGAGCAGGCACACCCGCGACAGUGAGAUGGUUCGGAAUGCCAUCGUCAAGGGUACACCCGCCGCUGCCCUCAAUAUUGCCCGGGAAGUUCUGACGAUCCUGGGCCAAUUGUACUUUCGGGGCGAAAAGUUCCGGCAGUAUCAGUAUGCUGUACUGACGGGACUCAAUCUGUGCACUCAAUUUCCGAAAGACAUCGUCUACGGUCAGCUGUUGGCUCAGGUGGCAUUCAUUUACUGGAUCCGCGACCGGCGGAAAGUGCUCACGCUCCGGCAUCUCGAAGCUGCCGACUUUAGCGACUCCCACACCAACAUCUACUCGACCUCGCAAAUAUCAUCGCACGUGGCCAUCACCCUUUUCAUCAUGGGGCUAUGGGAGCCUGCCAUCAACCGCUCGGAAUACCUAUACGAGCUUGGGCUCAUCACGGGCGACAUGAUGGCCCGCGAAGGAUCGCUGCGGAUUCGAGGACUAAUCUACUACUACCAGGGCCCACGCCACCUCUCGUCCAGUCUCUCGAGGGAUCUUUAUGCGAUUUCGAACCAGGAAGAGUACUGGAUCGGCAAGUUCUGGGGAUGUGUUUUGAUCAUCUCGAAUCUGCUCUCUCAAUACGGCUCCAAUGAGGAGCUUCAAGACAUUAUCUCCUCCUUCCAGAGCGUCUGGAAUACUGGGCCUGAAUUCUGGACCAGCAGUGCCGUUCUGCAGAUCAUCCGCUUUGGAAUCUUGACCGAGGCCGACAUCCGCUUCGGCGUUGGGUUCUCGCCCGUGUCCACGGCAAAGGAGAUUGAGCGACUGGUCAGCCAACUCAAACCCCACGAUUGGAGCGCUGUCCACGGAAUCAUCCACAUCCUGAACGCAUUCUUCUCCGCCUAUGACAACGGGUCCAUCAACGACUCGGCCAGCAAGCGAUCGGUAGAGAAGGUGUGCGCCAUGGUUGAGCGAGCCCUCAAGCGCAUGAAAGCCAUGGUUUUGGCAGACAUGCUGCGCCAGUUAUGGAAAGGGUUUCGAUGUCUGUGCGGCGGGAAGACCGGACUGGCGGUGGCCGCCUGGAAGAAAGCUUUGCAGCAGAAAGACAGCGAGAUGGUAGGUUAUUACCAAGCGCAGCUGCACUGGAAGCUCUCCAAGUACUCGGUCACCGACAAAAACUACGAGAUAUCGUAUCAUUCCGAGGAAGCGCGGCGGCUGUUUCGCAAGAUCGGGGCAGUCUAUGAGCUAGAAAAGAUCGCCUUGAAUUGAGUGCGAUGACGGGCAAUCUAUUCAUCGCUCUGCUCGAUGAGUGCGUGGUUAAGAAUCAAAUGCGUUCAAGCGACCCCUGUGCAGCUGUUGGAGCACCGCUUCUCCGCUGCAAAAGUCAACCGGGGUCCUGGGCCCACCGAACGCACUUGAUGCUCGAUAGCCGAUAUCGCGUAAGCUCUGAGGAUCGCCG